UACCCCGAAACGGCGAAACCCUGCUUUCAAUGUCUUCCUGGAAAUUGUAGGGUUUUUCCAAGAUUAGAACGCCAGAAACCCUAACUCGCACUUACAGACGAGAAGGACGAUCUGAAGAGAAAUGGGAGGAAAGUGUCCGCACAGACAUGUAAAGAAGAGACGCUACUCUCACAAGACUGCUCGCCGCACCAAAUUCCUCGUCAAAGGUGAUGAUAUGGUUUAUGAUGCGUUGAAGAAGCCCGAUGAGGAAAGGAAGCCCUUGCCUCUUGACGAAGACUUGCCUGGGAUGGGCCAGUAUUAUUGCUUGCACUGCGACCGAUACUUUGCGAAUGUGUCCGUGAGGGAUGAACAUUUCAAGACGAAACGUCACAGGAAAAAAGUUAAGGAGAUGAUGGGGCCUGCACCUCAUACUCAACUUGAUGCUGACAUAGCUUCUGGGAUGGGUAUGCCAGAUAAUGGUCCAAAGCUAUCUUGAUGUGAGAUAUCUAUAUUUGUUAUCUUUGGCAGAUUAUGAGUGAGUUGAGUCUGAUGGUUGAAGAUAUUUGAUGUUGUAGGAGUUGUCCUUUUUGUUACAGUUGUAAGCAUUAACUUGAAUGUAAUGAUAAAUCAAUUUUUGUAUCAAUUUUCUCUCCGCUAUAUUAUAUGUUAUGUCUGUAGAUUAGCUAAUUCAGGAUUAUUAUAAACUGUGGCUGCUCUUGUUCUUUUACGCUAUAGUUGUAAUCAAGUGUGUGACUACUGUCUUUUGGUUGAUUA